UUCCUCGCCGAGCUGUGGAUGGAUCGCGCUGCCACUAAGCUCGCGCUCGAUUCCUUGUCGCAGCAAGAAUGUAGGUCAAGAAAGUGUAUGGACUAUCUUUGUGACGAUCGAUGGAAGGCAUUGCUCCUGGCGCCGACGCCAUGAUGACCGAAAUGUCUUCCAACGACAUAGCCAAGCGAUUUGAGCUGCUGGAGAGCCAGUGGCUCGACUUCCAGCAGCGAUCUUCCACUCCGGACCUCGAGGAAGAACCCAUCGAGUUUCCAUCCUCCUUGGCCUCCUUCGACGCAAGCAACAACGUUUCUUCGGCGCCCAGUGAAUGCCCAAAGGACUCUCUAGUUGGCAGGCAAUCAAACAUCGUUCUACCGCGUUUGAAGCCGUUUCCUCCAAGGGCUCUCUCCAAGAGUCCAGCAUUCGGGGAACCAAAUCGAGCGGACGAGGACAACAUCAACAUCAGCCAGCCGGAUUCUCCACUAAGUUCGUCGUCGUCUUUGUCAACUUCUUCGUCGUCCUCGGGAUCCAGUUCCGGUGGUUUUGGCCACAGUGAUCCGCUGAGUUCCAGGAGGAAGCGCUUGUUCUCGCAGCCUGUCACGCCGAUCAAAGAGGCCAUUUUGGAUUCUUCGUCUCCGAAGAAAACUUCCGGGUACAAGAGCUCCCAAGCAUUUUUGACAACAAACAGGAAAGAUGGUGAUACUCCAGUGGUGUGCAUGGAUACACACCAAUCGCGAUCCCCUCCUCCUGGAUUCGUGGCAGAGGACAUUGAUAGCACGUUCAAGACGUCCUCGAAACAAAACAAUCAACAACAGCAGCGUUUGUCGUCAAGGUCACUAAGUAACAAAAGACCAUCUGCGCCGCAUAGAACCGCUGCGAAAUCUACCGCCGUGGUGGAGAACGACGACUGCGAAGGGAAAACGGUGCUACAAUCUCUGCAUGCCUCCCUACUUAAGGUGCUCUCGCAGCUGGAAAGCAAAGAAAAGAGCCUGGGAAAGGCAUGGAAAGAAUGGAACGACAGUCCGGAGUCUAGUAAAGGGCUGAAGCAUUUUUCCGAAUUGGAAUUGCUGACGUCGAGCAAGCAGACGGGCUUCAGUGGUCUUCCUCGGGUGGCCGGGGCGAGCAGUCCAGAGAAAUGGUGCGACACAGUAUCCGCAGUAUGCCAGCGCCUGGUUUCUUACCUGGAGAAAGAAACGAUGCUGCAAAAAUGGGCGAUUUCACUAGAGAAAGAGUCUAUGCGUGUGCUGAAGUUAGAAGAGGACAUUGUUGAAGCAAAGGUGCACACGGCGGAGGAACUCGAGGCAGCGAGGAAAAUGAAAAAACAUGCGGAGGAUAACAACAAAGUGGCAGCUGAGGAACGCCACUCCCUGGUGAAAGACAGGGAUGCGCUCGUUCAGUGGGUUUCACAUCUCCAAGAACGUGAAAAGUUUUUGCACCAUGAGCUGGAGAAUCGACUUCAGAAAAAGGAGAACGAGCUCGAUGAACGUGAAAGUUUUCUUCAGAAGAGAGAAAGGAACGUGCGGGAACUAGAAGAGAGUCUUCAGAAGGAAGACAUUGAUCGUGCCGAGCGCGACAAUGUACUCCAGAAACGAGAGAGAAGCCUCCAGGAGUCUGAAGAGAAGCUGCAGAAAAGAGAGAGACAUCUUGGAUCUCGCGAGGAAAGAAUUCACAAGAAGGAAAGGAGCAUUGAGGAGUUGCAGCAGCGUCUCAAAGAGAAGGAGAGGGACCUUGAGGAAAUGGAAUCCGAUCUAGCGGAGAAGGUAUUGGCGACCGAAAACCUCUCGAAGAAGCUGGUAGUCCGAGAGAAGGCGUUGAAUGACCUCCAUAGCAAGGCCGAACAAGAGAAGAGACACGUUCAAGAGGUGUCCCACAGUCUGGAAAGGGAGAAAAAGAAGCUGCAUGUUGCCGAGGUCGAGAACGAGCUCUCGAAGAAAAAUGCUCAGGAGAUACUCUCUCAAGCAUCCGAGGAACGCAAGAAAUCGAGCAGUGCUUUGAAGAGGACGGAAGAGAAGCUAAGAGCGUGGGAAGAAAGCCUGAAAGACAAAGAAAAGGACUUGCAGCAGCAGGAAACGCUUCUUAAGGAACUCGAGGUUCAACUCGUCAAAGAGCAAGAGCGGUCUCAUACGAUGCAUGCGAAGCUUAUCAAAGACCAGGAAGCCAUUAUGGCUGAAGAGGAGGAUCUUAAGCGCAAGGAAAUGCUAAUGGAAACCAAAUCCUUUGAAGCAAGAAGAGAGCUGGAAAAGCUUAAUCGGGAAAGAAAGAAGGUCCUUACUGAGUGUAAGCGGCUGACCGAGAUGGAAGCCAGGAUCCAGGAGGCCGAGAAAGCUUUGGAGAUCAGACAGCAAGGUCAUCACCAGAAGGUGAACAAGCAAGCGGAUGAAUAUCGGCUUCAAAUUGAAGAUCUGGAAGUAGUUCGGAAAGACCUCGAUGGCAGGACUUCUGAAUUGCAAAGAAGGUUUGAUCACUUGCAAAAUGAGAAGCAGAAGUUUGAAAAGUACAAGAAAGAAGAAGAAGAAAAGCUGCUGUUUUUACUGGAACAAAAAAAUGGUCUUGAAGACCAACACAGAAAACUGAGAGUUCUACAACGGGACAUAGAAAGGGCUGGAGCGGAGAUGAUUAAUCACAUUAUGAUUAUGGACAAGGCGUCAUCGAAGCUAGAAGGUGAAAGGCAGCAGAUUGCCACAUCACAGGAGCAACUUGAAGCGGUAGCUGAAAGUCUGUUAUCGAAGCAAAGGCAGAUGAAAGAGAAAGAAGAGGAACUAGGACGAAAGGAAGAACGAUUAGAAGAACAAGGAGGUACUCUGCUCUCAAAGAGAAGAGAGAUGGCAAAGGUGGAAAGUGCGCUGAAGAAGAAAGAGGAAAUACUUGAAGAACAAAGCUGCACUCUCUUGAAACUGGAGGUUGAGGUCAAGGAUAGAAUGAGAAGAGUUGAGAGCCUUGAAAGGCGGUCUAUCGAACUCGAGAAAGCAUGGGAAGAGCUGAAAGAAGAACAAGCGGCUUUAUCAAAGCAACGUGAAUACCUGGGAUCUGUGAGGACGCAGUUUGAACAACUGGCUGCGAGUCAAAAGGCCGAGCUUAUGAGCCAAGCAAAGGAGAGGGAGGAGAUCAACAAGAUGAAGGAGAGACUUGACAAGCAACGCAACGAAACCGCACAGCUGAUGGACGUGCUUCGUGACAAGGAAUUUAAAGCGGCUGAAAAAGAGUCAUCCUUGUUCGAGAUGGAGUGCAAGUUCCUCAAAGGAAGAACACAAAUCGAGAACGACGCUGAGGAACUGAAGCAGCAGCUAAGAAAAGCCCAUUCAGAACUGGAUGCUCAGCGGCGUUAUGUGGAGGAUAGACAAAAGGCAGUAGAUUCCGCUGUCACGUCUCUGAAGGAAGAGGCAACGAAGCUCAACGCAAGAAAGCGUGAAGUGGACGAGAAAGAACAAUCUCUGAAGGCGAUGCAGGACAGACAAAACUUUCUCGAGCUACAUAGAAGGGAUCUCAACGACAGGCAGCUGCUACCUCUUAGCGACAAGAUAAAUGCAAUCGAGAGCGCUCUUGAGGACGGGCAUUCACGAAGUGAAGCGACUAACCUCGUCAGGGAAAGAGAAAACUUGAAAGCUCAACAACUUGAGCUGGUAAGAAAAGACGAAGCUAGCAGUGCAAGAGGCGAAAUCAACUCUGACAGUCCAACUCAAGGCCAGCAAGAAAAUGGUGGCGGAUGCGUCUCUUAUUGCACAAAAGGCAUCCAGGGAAAGGGAAGCGCUGGAAGAAGAGCGCAGGCUUCUCUCAGAGAAGAAAAAGGAGAUAGAGACUUCCCUCACCGCGCGAGAGAUGCAGCUUUCAUCCGAGAUGAAACGACUAGAAAGCAUGAAGAAGGCUCUCGACGACAAGCUGCAGAGUUACGCAGCCACCAGCAACAACGGCUCCUGGGAACCCAUGCGAAGCAGGCCGGGAUCGAAAGCCGGCAGCGAGAGAGACGAGAGCGAGAGCACCGAGAUUGGCGGGAGGAACUUGGCGAGCUACAGCAGGCUGGGCAAUCAAGCACAGGAUCACAGGCCUCCCCCGCGGCUGCCGAGCCAGAGGAGGCUGGAGAACGUGAUGAGCAGCCUGCUGGACGCGAGGCAAGCGAGCCGGAGCAGGCUCCAGCGGACGGAGAACGCUCUGGCGGCAGUCCCCGCGACGGCACCGUCGACGCUGGAGGUGAGGCAAGCUCUCCGGAGCUUGUCGACGAGGCUGGCCACCAUGGAGCAGAUCGAGGAGGGGCUGGCGCGCCAGCUGCGGGAGGCGUACGAGGCGGAGUCGACGGAGGAGGGAGCCAUCGUGGACAAGGUGGAGCUGCUGAGCAGGAUGGAGGAGCAGCAGGGGUUGCGCGCCGGGUGGGAGCGGGACAUGCAGCGGCAGCUGGAGAAGAUCAGCGCGCUCCAGACGGCGCCAGCCGGGUACGAGACGAUGAUGAGCAUGGAGUCGGCGGUGGACAGGGCGCUCAGCCCGAUCAUGGAAAGGUGCUAUGGAGAGCAGCAGCAGGAGGAGAGUAG